AUGUCGCGACUAAUAUUACCUACAUAUUUCUUCCUCAAGAAGUUGAAUAAUUUGAGUGAAAAUAAUAAAACAAUUCCCAACUUCCCAACUACCUCCAUCUUCAACAAUCAAAGCUUCACUUUCUCCUUGAUCUCAAAAAAGAAAAAGAGAAAAAGCUUCACUUUCUCUCUCCCUCUCUCUCUCAUACACACAUACACUCUCACUCAUAAUUUCAACUAAUCAACUGAGCAAACAAGAAAGAUGAGCAGCAGAGAAAGUCGCACAAUCGAGUCAGCCGGCGGCGUGAGCCUAGAUGCCCGCGUCUACCCGGCGGCGGAUUCGGAUUCGGAGCAUCGAAACGACGGAUUGGUUGCGGUUUUGGUGCACCCCUACUCGGUGCUGGGCGGAUUCCAGGGGCUGAUGAAGGGCAUGGCCGCUGGGCUAGCCAAUAGGGGCGUCACAGCUGUCACCUUCAACAUGCGCGGCGUCGGCAACUCCACCGGCCGCGCCUCCCUCACGGGCUUCGCCGAGGUCGACGACGUCGUCUCCGUCUGCCAGUGGGCCUCCCACAAUCUCUCUGCCCGCCGCAUUCUCCUCGUCGGAUCUUCAGCUGGUGCUCCGAUUGCUGGUUCUGCUGUUGACAAGGUUGAGGAGGUUAUCGGCUACGUGAGCUUGGGCUACCCGUUCGGAUGGACUGCUUCUAUUCUUUUUGGGAGGCAUCAUAAAGCUAUAUUACAAUCUCCAAAACCCAAACUCUUUGUAAUGGGCACCAAGGAUGGUUUCACGAGCGUUAAGCAGCUCGAGAACAAGCUGAAGAAUGCAGCCGGCAGUAAUCAAAUGCAUUUGAUUGAGGGAGUCAGCCAUUUUCAAAUGGAAGGGCCAGCUUAUGAUGAGCAGAUGGUGAAUCUCAUCUUACAAUUCAUUUCAUCAUUGCCGGAGUGAAGCCAUUUUGCAAUGUAUUCAUUCAUUCUUAGUUUCAGCAUAUGUGUGAUCUCUAAUUUCGUCUGCGGAUUGUAUGCGUUUUGCUAGUUGUAAUGUUAUGCGUUAACAUUGUAUCUAGGGAUGCUUGUCGUGUGUCCAGAAAAAUGAGAAAUUUAUUAGAUUUAUGUUUGUAGUUUUAA